GCCGUCCACACAAGGUCAGACACACGUGUGCUCACUGUCACUCUCGAGCCGCUAAACCCAGGCGCUUCCAGACGAAUCUUCAAGAAACGACGGCAAGUUUAUCCUGACAGAAGACUUCCAUUUUUAAAUAAUAUCUAGUUGUUUCAGCGAUGGCGAGGGGAAGCCGCAGUCGUCCUUCAGCUCAAGCUAGCUCUUCCAGCCCGCCUCCGUCCUACGCCCCGGCCCCCGCCCCCCCGGCCGCGCUAGCCGCCCCGGCCGCCCCCCAGCAGCCCGGCCUCAUGGCCCAGAUGGCCACCACAGCAGCGGGCGUGGCUGUGGGCUCUGCCGUUGGCCACGUGGUGGGCAGCGCCCUCACAGGAGCCUUCAGUGGAGGCAGCAGCAGCCCAGAGCCAGCUAAGCCCAGCACCACCUACCAGGAGCCGUCGCGGCCCGCGCCCCCCCCGACUGGGCCCUGUCACUUUGAGGUCCGGCAGUUCCUGGACUGUGCCACCACGCAGGCAGAUCUCAGCCUGUGCGAGGGCUUCAACGAGGCGCUCAAACAGUGCAAAUACUCACAUGGAGUUACAUCCCUGGUGUAAACGUCAACACCAGACACCGUUACUAGGCAGCGAAACUGUACCAUGCAGAUCACCUGGACAGAAGCCACAAGCCAGGAACUAAACUCUACACCUUCUGUUGUGACCAGGAAAUAUACGCUAGUCUGUGUGACCAGACUCUUUGUUUGUUGAUAUAAGAAUGUAUGCUGUGUGAUGUUUUGCUAAAGUAUGUGAGAAAGUGAAAUAAAGAGUUGCUAUUUA